AAAAUUUCAAUCUCUUUUUUUUUUUUUAACCUUUUUUUUUUUUUUCGAAAUGAUUUACAAAAGAUUCCUAUCUUUUCCUGUUUUACGUCAAAAGUCAUUUUUUACUACAAUGGCUACUGCAAAACAAAUCAAACCCGCUGAACGUGUUUCUCACUUUAGCAGAGAUGUCUGGUCGAUUUUCACCCCUCUUGCUUUAGAAACAAAGGCUAUCAAUUUGGGUCAAGGCUAUAUGAACUUUGCUCCUCCUGCUAUUGUUCAAAACGCUGCUAAAGAAGCUAUUGAUGUUAUCGAGGCCAACCAAUAUAGUCAUCCUCGUGGUCGCGCUAGAUUAAGAAAUGCUUUAGCCGCGUCAUAUAGCCAACAAUUCGAGCGUCAAUUAGAUCCUGAAACUGAAAUUCUGGUUACUGCAGGUGCAAACGAAGGUAUGUUUGCUACGUUUGCUGGAUUUUUAGAUAAAGGUGAUGAAGUCAUUUGUAUGGAACCCUUUUUCGACCAAUAUAUUCCCAAUAUUACCAUGAAUGGCGGUAAGCCAGUUUAUGUUCCUCUUAGACCUCCUACCGAUGCAGCCGAUCGUGUUAUUUCAUCUCAUGAAUGGACUUUGGAUAUUGAUGAAUUGAAAUCUAAGAUUACAUCCAAGACAAAAAUGAUUGUCAUUAAUACUCCCCAUAAUCCCAUCGGUAAGGUAUUUGAUGAGGAUGAACUUCGUGCAAUCGGUCGUGUUGCAGAAGAGCAUAACUUGAUCAUUUUAUCCGAUGAAGUUUAUGAUCGUCUUUAUUAUCCACCUCUCAACAAAUUUCCUCGUGUUGCCAACAUUGAUAAUUUAUGGGAGCGUACGAUUUCCGUAGGAUCAGGAGGAAAGAGUUUUGCCGCAACUGGAUGGAGAGUGGGAUGGUUAAUUGGCCCUGAACAUUUGAUUAAACAUGCCUUUGCGGCUCAAACUCGUGUUGUAUUCUGUGUGAAUUCUCCAUGUCAAGAAGCAGUGGCUGCCGGUAUCGAAGCUUCUCUCGAAAAGCCCGUGUUCCAGGAUCAGAUUGAUCAAUAUACGCAUAAGCGUUCCAUCUUGUCCAAAUUGUUUGAUGAGUUAAAAUUACCUUAUACUUUACCCGAAGGUGCCUAUUAUCUUUUGGUCAAUACCAGCAAAAUUCAAAUCCCCAAAGAUUUCGAAUUCCCUGAAAUCUUGGAAGAUCGUGGCGAUGAUUUCAAAAUGUGCUACUGGUUAACCAAACACAUUGGUGUCUGCGCUAUUCCCCCUUCCGAAUUUUAUGCUAAAGAGCAUUGGCCUAUGGCUGCUGACUUUGCUCGUUUUGCUUUUUGUAAAACCGAUGAAGUUUUAGAACAAGCCGUCGAACGUUUGAAGGCAUUGAAAACCUAUAUUGCUUAGAAACCCCCCUUUUUUAUAUACAUUUGAAAGGAGCUAAACAUUUAAAAAUUAAAAUUUUGAAGGGGAGGGCGAUUGUUCUUUCUUCGAAUGUUAUUCUUCAUUUUGCUUGCUUUUUGUUCACACGUGAAUGCUCUCAUUCCAAAUAAAACUCCACUCUUGUUUCAUAUCAA